CACUACAUCGACUUUCUCCUCUAAUUCAGUUGUCCUGCACAUCAGAUCAUCUUCACCCUACCCUGACUGGAUGCAUAUCUCUCAAGCCUCCCGUAUCAACAAUCUCCUGACGAAACCUUCCCGCCACGAUCAACGAGCUCCAUCUCGCACAUCUACACAAAUCUUACCUGUCUGCCAUACGCAGUGUAAGCCAGAGCAUUCUAUCGGAGGCGGGUCUUGAGCACGACAAGUUCAAUGUGGUCCGAAAGUAGUACAACGAACUAGACACGGAACCUGGGAUUUGGAUAGGUUCUUCGUGUACGGACAAACAUCGACAAGCGAUUAUAGCACGCUCAACAAAAAGCUUCCGAGUCGCCAUCAUGAGCGACUAUUAUCACCACUUCCUCACCUCGAUGGCAGGUGUUGGAGGAAAUCCUCCUCUAAGCCAACAUGGCGCUUCUAUACCUGUGCAACAAGCCCCAGUAUUGGGCUUAGGGACGACGCCGAUGUCUCCCGCUUAUCAAAACCUCGGUGGAUAUUUUAACGGAUAUGCCGAGCCUAUUAUGUUCAGCGCACCCAAGGCUCAAAGAAGCCGUCGCAAGUCUGCGCCUGGAUUGGAUCACAUCAAACAUCGACGCACAAGGUCAGGCUGCUAUACUUGCAGGAGCAGGCGAGUCAAGUGUGAUGAAACCCACCCAGUCUGCGAGAGAUGCAGAAAGGGAAACCGAGAGUGUGUCUAUCCCGAACCGACACCACCCAAGGGAUCCGUGAAGGAUUCAUCGGGCCAGAGCCAGCAGGAGAGCCCUACAUCCUCACGUGGCGAUGACGAUGACGACGAAACUGGACAAGACGGAUCACUGACGCCGAUCAUGGAUGAGGAUGAAGAAGAAGCCGAAAGCGCAACAAUGCAAUCCUCGACACCGACCAUUCCUCCGCCUCGAUCAAGCGCAUCGGUAGCAUCACUAAGUUUCAGCCAUGGACCCUUAGACGCUGGACAGGGGCUCUAUCUCAACUACUACCGUGACAAUAUCACGCACUAUCACUACUCCGUGGUGAAUGACUGCGACAACUUUUUCCAGGAGAUCUUGACUGGAUUGGCAAUUCAGGACGAGGGCCUUCUCUAUGCCGUGGUGGGGUUUGCCGCCUACCAUUAUACUUUACAGAAUCCGAUAGGAGAGAUCAAGGACUUCUUGCAGUUCUAUAAUCGCAGUGUUACUUUACUGCUAGGGUUCUUGAAAAGGAAAGAGCGCCAUACGGACAUGACUCUGUUAACUAUCUUGCAACUUGCCACAAUCGAAGAAUAUCUCGGCGACUGGGUCAACCUCAUGGGCCAUCAGAAGGCUGCCCUAGAAGUACUGACCGAACUGUACACGCCACAAACGGUCAUGCAGACCUCUGUAGGGCGCAUGAUCCUGACGUGGUAUACACGGUUUGACGUGUUUACUGGCAUAAUGGGCAGCUCCAAAACUAUGCUUCCUCGGGAAUGGUUCACAGCUUAUGUCGAUUACUACGAGACUCGAGCGGCAGAAAACCCCACCGAACUUUCCUACAAAACCGAGGUGUGCUCAGGACGACUACGCAUGAUAUCAAUGGAGAUGUCCAUUUUGUUUGGAAGAGGCGCCAGGCAGGAAUUGACGGAAGAGGAGUAUACUGCCGAGCACUGUCGACUAUACAACGCCCUCCACGAGUGGAAGAACAGCUGGGAUCCUGCCUUGGUAAAUCCAGAGUUCCUCGUAACGGAUUUGCCGAUGAACGGAGCCACAGAGGCAGAUCGCAUCUUCCAGCCGUUCACACCCGGCUUACUUUUCCGGCCUCCCCUUUUUUCCUCGACGAUCUUGACUUGCGAAUGGAACUCAAUCGCACUGAUGCACGGAAGUCAGGGAGCUUCGGACCCUUCGAACGAGACUCUGGAGAAGUUGAGGGGGCAUGCAUAUGAGAUAUGCCAGAUUUGCGAGGCAGUAGAGACAUGGCCGUUUAGCCCCGCGGGGAGCUUGAUAAUCAUGCAACCAUGUCUCGGUAUCGCUGCGUUAUUUGUCCCCCAGGAGGAGGCCUACCAGCUCUGGAUCAGGAAGAAGUUCGCGUUGCUCGAAAGAAUGGGGUACAUAUCACCCGGAACAAUGCGCCUAAGAAUGGCAGAGCUCUUCCGCGACGGGAGCUGUCUCCGUUGGUGGUUACCGAACGACGAAGGAUUUACGCCCAUGCUGCAAAGCAUCCGGGCCUUUGCGGACGAGCGAAACGCGACGGCCGUGUCGACACAGAGUGAGAACCUGCGACAGAUACGAUCCGUGUUUUCCAGGAUGGAUAUUCGACGAACAGCCACGGGCCAGGGCCAGUUGAGCGAUGGGGUCAAUACUAUGCUUUUGGAAUGAGAAGAGUGUAGAUUGACAGGACAGGACAGUACGGGACAGGAGAAUCGCUUACAAAAUAGAUUCCGUGUCCCAGCGGCCGAGUUAUAUGAACUUAAUAGGGCUACGACCGAUGUUACGUUUCAAACUGGACGAUUGUCGUUUCGUCUCUGCGGCUUAUACACUAAUUAGACUAGAGUCCUUGCAACUAGCAGAGAUACCGAUCCUGACUCAGGGACAAGAGGACAGUGAAGUGAUCAAUAAUACAACCCAGCAACUUUUUUGGUCAGAACU